UCAACGUCCGGUUACCUGAUCGCCCCCCACCCAUCACUCAUGGGGUCCGUCCGCUUUGGACCCCGUCUGGUUCUACAAACAGCAUCUUCAAUCAUCUAUUCUCAACACCUCGGCCGAGGAGCAUAGCUCUCGGUUGUCUCUAACACUACCUAUUCCUCCUUUUGCGUCCCGAGCACCGGAUCAAGCGGCUCGGCGUGCUACUGAUUAACUCGUUGCUGCCCUCUGCCUCACGCGGAUUGCAUCACGACAUCGACCCUCGGAGGCGACCAAACGACCACAGCUUCCACCAGCGGGAAGACCAUCGCACCCACGCUCUAUCCUCACCUCCGGGUAACCGAACAUGAGCUCGACACCGUCCAAUCUGGGCAAGUCCCUUUCAGCAUCGACUUCCCAUUCGCCUUCAGUCCAACCCGGCCCCGUCACUACGAGCUUCGAAUCCAACCGUCGACCUUCUCAAGCGAGUCCCUCGUUUCCUCACGCUACCCCACGGAAGAGCCAGGGCUCCCGAAAACAACACAAGAUGCAGCGGCGACCGGGGCUGGGAGAUAUCAGACAACACUCGAAUCCGGACGACGACGACGCCAUGGCCGAGGCCAGGGCUCUGCGAAACGCCUCCAGCCGACGAGGUCAAACCUCCAUCACACACCUGCUCAACUACAGCUUGCCACCGCGAGCCUACGCCGACCAUAGCUCGUACGCCAGAAACUACAGGCGAAAUCCGACGUGGGGCCCUGGUUCAGGCCACCACGCUGUGGACAAGGCGAGAUACGUGCAUGCGAAUUACAGAUUCGUUGUGUCGCCGGAAGGCAAUUACGCCAGCCAGGCGGCCGAUGCCGAUGUGCACAUCGACUGGAACAACGUUUUGCAGAUUAUAGCUUCGUCGGAAUCGCAGGGCGCUAGCUGUCCGAUCUGCCUAUCGGAGCCGGUGGCGCCGAGGAUGGCAAAGUGCGGACACAUCUUUUGUCUGCCCUGUCUGAUCCGGUUCAUGAACUCGACAGAUGACGACUCGAAGCCUGGAAAGGGCGCCAGAUGGAAGAAAUGCCCCCUCUGCGAAGACAGCGUCUACCUACACGAGACACGACCCGUGCGGUUCUAUGCGGGACAGGAGAGCCCCUUGCCGCGUGUUGGAGACGACGUGGUGCUCCGAUUGAUGGCCCGAACAGCCAAGUCGACCCUCGCGCUGCCAUGGGAGAACGGCUCGGAUGCGCUCAAUGUGGCGGAUGAUGUACCGUGGCAUUUCGCAGCCAAUGUUUUGGACUAUGCCAGGAUCAUGAAGGGAACCGGAGAUUACAUGGCGGAACAGUACAACGAAGAGAUCGAGGCGCUGCAGAAGCAGGGGACUGAGGACCAGCUGCUGUACCACGAGGAUGACGAAUGGACCCAGAAGGCCAUACGGGCCAUCAACGCGGCCAAGGAGAAGGUCCAAGAUCUCGGCAAGACCGACUCGAUGCUGCCGAACAAGAAGCCGGGCCAGAGCAAAACUGUUCAGCCCGACUUUUACUUCUACUCGUCACAGCCACAUCUGUACCUGUCGGCGCUCGACAUCAGGAUCCUCAAGACCAAGUACGGCGACUUUUCAGCGUUCCCAACGACGUUGCUGCCCCGGGUUGAGCACAUAUCGACCGGCCAUGUAUUGGACGAAGUGCAGCGGAAGCGAGCCAAGUACUUGGGACAUCUUCCCUACGGAUGCCGCAUCAGCUUCCUUGAAUGUGACUGGACGGACAUCGUACCGGCUGAUGUUCUCAACAAAUUCGCCGACGAGAUUGACCGGCGCAGGAAGCGGAAUCGCGAUAAGGCCGUACAGGAGGAACGCGAGAGGCUUCAGUCCGAAAGGAUUGAGGCUGCCCAAUUCAAGAGCACCGCUGCCAUGAGACGCGAGUACGGACCCAUCGAGGAGGAGCAGGUCCCUGCUUUGAACCUGGAGGAAUUCCAGCCACUUGCAAGCCAUGCCGGCGCUACGCCGCCAGACCCCCGUCCAGGCUUCGAGCACUUAGCCUCCAUCUCGACCAGUCCUUCCACGCAGAAGACUGUGUGGGGCACGCAUGUCGUACAUGGAUCGCCAGAGCUUGCUCCAGCCUCGCUCCGUCAAGUUGACGAUGGGUGGUUAAAGGAGGAGGAUUUCCUCGAUGCCGCCGAGCUGUCUUUCCAGAUGGAGGCGCUUGGCGUGAUUGAGCCAGGACCUUCGAGCAGUAGCACUCCUGUGGCAGCAGGGGCUGGCGGCGGCGGCAGCGGUAUUGGUGGAGGCGGCAAGGGGAAGAAGAAGAAGCAGAAGAUCACGCUCAUGAGCACCGGCGGACGUAGACAGGGCUAGACAACUCAUGGCUUCUAGACGUGAUGGCGCGAGGACGAUGCGGUAGCGGGUUUUGCUUUUGGGUUGUUGUUGCUGCAAAGCUUUUUGGCGGAAGGAAGAGAAAGACGCUGAUUUCCAGCGAGGCAGAGUCCGAGACUAGCGAGACGAGGGGAAGGUGGCUGAAGAAGUUUGUCACAUCUGCUCCAGACCAAAUCAAAGAAUUCGAAUAUCAGGCUGUUUCACGUCUAGUCAUGUUUCCCAGGAAGGGAGGGAGGGGAUGGGUGUUUGGCAAAAGGAUGUUUGCUAUUAUGUUGUUUGUUUUCUUUCACACUGCUAUUAAACCAGAGGUAACUGCAAGAGGCAGACAGACAGAAUUGAGACGGUCAGCCAGUUAACAAGUCACGUUGAGUCCGGCCUGGCUCGUCUGCGGUCCGGCCGUGCAGUGAUACCGGGAGUACCGUGCCUGCCUGCUCCCCUUUGACACGACCAGGACGAAGGGGCCAAGGUUGCGGCUCGUCGACGUCAUCCGGGGGAGAAGCGGUCACUCCCCCCUUCGGCCCUUCGGGUUCCUUCUGGUGGUGAACAUCGCCACAAGAGCUUUCUUCUCAACAACCUACCUCCCCCCCACGACCACUCACGGCUCUCAGGCCGCUCGCACACGACGAACACUACACGUUGCGACGCGACGAAGUGCCCCCCCCCCAUCUCCCGGAAGCGAUUCUUGUUGGGUAAACCGUCCUCUCUCUUUCUUUCAUACACACACAUACAUAUAGACAGACACACAUGCGAGCUCCAGAGAGUCACCGCCAUCACUCAACAUACGUAUCCAUGAAACACAAACGAAAGAAAAGGUGCGAAGAAAAAAUAUCUGCAAUAAAAAACUGAACAUUACCAAUUCAAAGAGUUAUGGUUAUGGUGACGGUGUAGGGGGGGCGAGUCGGGAGCGCCGCUCGCAUAAGCAGCAGCAACAGCCGCGAAGCCAGGUAUCUCGGGUGGGCGUCUUUCUGUUUUACUCCAACAACACUCGACAUCCAACAAGAAAACAGUAUCCUGCCCACACAAGCCAGGCCGGUCCAGGCCGGUUUUGAUCGAAUAACCCCCAGCAAGCUACGCAAAAUCAAUAGUAAAAUAACGCCACACCUCUCGAGUCGCCUCCCCCCGUCUCUCUCCCUCGCCCUACCCUCCUUCAUACCGGCCACAGACGUCGUACAGAGUAAGCCAGCCAGCUAUGAUCCAUCAUCAAGGACCAGAGCAAAAACAGCCCAGAAAACAGGGAGAUCCGUGGACGCCAGUUCAUUACGUCAAUGCAUCUUUCCUUCCUCCUCCCUCUCACCUUCUCUCUCUCUCUCUCCCCCUCUGCAAUGCUUUGUCCGUUCAUCGUUGGGUUUCGUUCGCUUCGUCGUAGUU